CAGCUCCGAGCUGACACAAAGGAAAGGAAGCUCUGCAACCAAAGACAGCUCCGGAACCAAAUAGCCAAUUCUUUAUCUCUGCCUUAAACUCUUUUGUAUCCAAAUUCAAUUUGCAACCAAAGAUCCAACUUUUCAACCAAAAUUCUCGCCCACCUCUACCCGCUUUAGACACACCAAGGACUAUCUGAUCGAUUGCAGCAUCCACAGCCAGCUCUGUCCAGUGCCACCGGCUACUUCGUUUGGUGCCAUUCUAACUGGGCUCUGUGCAACAACAUUGCUACUCCGGACAUGCGAAUGGUCUCAGCCUCAUAGCGAUCCCACCCCAUCACUCUCUCCUGCCUUUCUGGAACUCCCGAUACAAGUCUCUCACCUUGUCAGUGCCAGGAGACUGCCAUGGCUUCACCCCUGCUGCUUGUCUAUGUAGCUGCGACUCUUUGCCUGCCGCUGGUGUAUCCAGCUGGAGUUUUUGAGCUGAAAAUCCACUCAUUCAGCACUCCCCGCCCUGCGUGUGCCGCUGGCAAAUCCUGCAACAUUUUCUUCCGUGUGUGUCUCAAGCACGCUCAGCCUGUGGUGUCCCCCGACCCACCUUGUACUUUUGGCUCGGCUGUGAGUGACAUCCUUCCCUCAGAUUCUAAAGCCAUCACAGACAGCAGCCCAAUUCGUGUCCCUUUCCAUUUCAAGUGGCCGGGUAUUUUCUCCCUUAUUAUUGAAUCUUGGACCACAAACUCAGCUGAACAGUCCACAGAAAACCCUGACAACCUUCUUAGUCGAUUGGCUACACGUAGGCGUUUGUCUAUUGGGGAGGACUGGUCCCAAGACAUACACCUUGGACAGCAGAGUGAGUUGCGUUACUCCUACCAUGUCUCUUGUGAUGAGCAUUAUUAUGGGGACAGCUGCUCUGAUUACUGCAGACCGAGAGAUGACAACUUUGGACAUUACACUUGUGAUGAGCAAGGGAACCGCUUAUGCAUGUCUGGCUGGAAAGGAGAAUAUUGCGCUGAACCUAUCUGUCUACCUGGUUGCAGUGAGUCUCAUGGGUUUUGUGAGCUACCCGGAGAAUGUAAAUGUCGCAUGGGAUGGCAAGGAGAACUGUGUGACGAAUGUUUACGUUACCCUGGGUGCCAGCAUGGAUCCUGCUCCCAACCAUGGGAGUGCAUUUGUCAAGAAGGCUGGGGAGGGCUCUUUUGUAACCAGGACUUGAACUACUGUACCAACCACCAGCCAUGCCGUAAUGGAGCAAGCUGCAUCAAUAUUGGCCAAGGGAGCUACUCUUGUAGCUGUCGUGCUGGCUUCACAGGAACCAAUUGUGAAAUAGACAUCAAUGAAUGUGCGAGUAAUCCAUGCAAGAAUGGAGGCAGUUGUAAUGACCUGGAAAAUGACUAUGAAUGUGUUUGCCCACGGGGUUUCUAUGGAAAGAACUGUGAUAUCAGUGCUAUGACAUGUGAAGAUGGCCCUUGCUUUAAUGGAGGCACAUGUAUUGAGAAGAGCAGUGGAGUAGGAUAUGUCUGCCGAUGUCCCUUCAACUACCAUGGCUCUAACUGUGAAAAGAAGAUUGAUCGCUGUACCAACAGUCCCUGUCUGAAUGGAGGUCAAUGUCUAGAUAUGGGCCGAAAUGUUUUGUGCAAGUGUCGCCCUGGAUUUUCUGGUCCUAGAUGUGAGCUAAACAUUGAUGACUGUGCAAGUAGCCCAUGUGCAAAUGGAGGUACUUGUGUGGAUGCAGUAAACAGCUAUACAUGCUCCUGUACUCUUGGGUAUGGGGGCAAAGACUGUACCCUGCGGGUAGAUGCCUGUAGUUCCAAACCCUGCAAAAAUGGUGGAACCUGCUACACCCACUUUACUGGCAAUGUAUGCCAGUGCCCCACGGGUUUUAUGGGAACCAGUUGUGAAUUCAGAGUACAUGAUCCCACCCCAGCUUCCCAUCGUGCUGACUCCUCAAACACUCUUACCAUGGUGGUUUGUCUGGGACUGCUAACAUUCUUUUUGCUGGGCUGUGGAGUGUUCAUGGUUAUGAGAGGUAUGAGGAGGGGACACUUCAAUGAAAAGGGACGAGUCAAUAAUGACCUUGAACCAAAGAAUAACCUGAUAGAAAAGGAACCCCAUUUCAAAAUGCCUAAUCCAGACUAUCUAAGAGAAAAAUCAAGUAGCAAACAAAAGCUUCUGCAAGGAUCUGAAAGUGAGGAGGAGAGAAGUGGGCGCAGAACUGACCGAAAGCCAGAUACCAAACAGUGCAACCCCACAUCAAGGUAUCCAGAGGAUGGCGCUUAUCACCCAAUAUAUAUUCUCCCAGAACCUGAGCAAUGUAUAUUUGCCACUGAGGUCUAAUCUUCCCCAGAAACAUGACUUCAGACUAUCAUCACUGCAAUUCUAAGAACUGUAAAGCAGACAUUUUCCCCUUUAUUAUUUAAAAUAUUCCCCCCUCUUAUUUAUUGACAUAUGUAUCUUAUAUUUAUGAACACUUUUUGAAAAAUCUAUGUAUAUUGCUGCUGCUAUUUAUGACUACUAUAUGGGCAGAUAAAAUCAAUUAAUUCUUUACUAUGAAUGGAUUUAGCUUAGCAUAUCACACCUAAAUGUUCUUACUGCUUUGCUUUUCAUUCUUCUGUACAAAGCAGGAGAGUUCAGAGUAAGAAUGUUAAAAGGUUAAGAGAAGACUAAGUGCCAUUUAUAAUAAAAGGCAUAUACCUGCCCAUAAAAUUAUGGGACUUUGUUUACAAUCUCUUCUAUGAAAUUUAACCAAAGGAGGGGGAACACCCUUUUAACAGUUAACUCUAAGUACUCCAAAGGCCUACAUAAUGAGUAGGGUUCUGGAGUGUUCUUUUGGUGAUCACUCUUUUUUUUACAUUUUGAUUAAUAAAACCCUUAGAAUUCUGCCUUUAUGAACAAGUGAUCUGUAAGCCUUAUAAGUCAAUAUUUCCACAAACACCACUCUACUUGGAUAAAAACACUCUGUUGAUGUAAAUAGAAUAUUUAUAUUGUAUUUAUAAAUCUGUAUAUAUAUGUUAUUGUUUAAAGAGUUUUAUAAAAUAUAUAUUUUAAUAAACUGACAAUUGUUUAUUUA